CAAUCUUAUGAACAUGCGAAGCCCUCGCGCACUGCAUGAGGCAGCAACGUGUGGAUACAGACUGUUGAGUGUUUGUUUAACCUUCAAAUAACCCGACCUCCACUUGUCUCUCCUCCCGUCGUGCUGAAUAAGAAUCUUGCAUAAUUCAGCAACUUGAGCCCAGUGUCAAAAUUAGUACCAAACGCAAGAGGGCCGCCCAUAUGUCGGUGUUUAACGUACUCGUCGUUGGCCACACUGGAUGUGGGAAAAGCUCGAUCGUGAACAUACUCGCUGGAGAAAGCCGAGCACCCACGUCAGACGACGCCAGUAACUGCACGAAACACUGGGCUGAGUAUGCAAUUCCGGUCGAUGGUCGUUCUUUCCAGGUAUUCGAUACCAUUGGUUUUCUCGAUCCCACGCUGGGUACAGAGGAGUACACGAAUGCUAUCGCUGAUACAUACUUUGCGAUCGAUGCCUUGAGGAAAAGAGGCGGAAUUGAUCUACUCCUCUAUUGCGUACGCAACGAAGAGAUCCCGAAGAUGAAGGGUUAUUAUAGGUUGCUCCAUGAAGUAUUUUGUGAUGAAGAAGUUCCAGUUGCUCUCGUCGUCACAAACCGUGGCACGAGCGGCAUAGACUACAAGGCGAUUUUCCGCUCACACAAAAUCGAUUGUGUCAGCUACGUCUGCGCAGACGUAGCUACGCCUUGGUCUGGUAGUUCAGCUGUGGACACCGAAUCGCAGAAGGCGAUCAAGGAACUACUAGUGAAAUGUUGCGACGCAGGGCCGAAUUCUAGGUCCACUCUGCAACAGCUACGGCGGCUAGUCCAAAAAUUCGUUGGGGCAGACCAAUCCCUCACACGAAAAAAAGUAUCUACGCUCCUCACGCAACGUUGCGAGAUGGAGCCGAAGGUAGCCGAGCAAUUGCUCGAAGCCCUAGAACUCCAGUCGCCUUCAAGUCGACUUUAUAGAGCACCCUAUGCACGCGGUACUAUAACUCGCGAGUUGCCAUCAUCAGAGAAUAGCGCUAGUAUUCGAGAGGAACAAGUAUCAGAUGCCAGGCCGAGCUCUAGCUCUCAAUUACAUUCUGUUUUAGACAGUACCUCUUUGCAUUCUCGCCCAAACAACUGAUGCCGUUACCACCGAUCCGUCAAAUAUCAAGAACGUAUAUAUGUACUGUAUUUAUGAAAUGCUGAUCUUCAACCACAUACUUCACUUUAAUUAGUGGUACUCAGAGUAGUUUUGUAAUUUUCGGUAAAGCUCGG